GUUAGAGGGGUCUGGAGGGGUAUAUAAACUCUGUACUUUUAAAAAAUUCAAUCAUUCUGUGUUUUCUAAAACAUCAGAAACUUUAAUCGAAAUGACUGGUCGCGGCAAAGGAGGAAAAGGACUCGGCAAGGGAGGCGCCAAACGUCAUCGCAAAGUUUUGCGUGACAACAUCCAGGGAAUCACCAAGCCGGCCAUCCGUCGUCUUGCCCGUCGUGGUGGUGUGAAGCGAAUCUCUGGUCUCAUCUACGAGGAGACCCGCGGUGUGUUGAAGGUGUUCCUUGAAAACGUGAUUCGUGACGCCGUCACCUACACUGAACACGCCAAGAGGAAGACUGUGACGGCCAUGGACGUCGUCUACGCGCUGAAACGUCAGGGCCGCACUCUGUACGGUUUCGGCGGUUAAAUCUGAUCUUGAUUUUCAUACUCCGAUCGUUCAAACCAAUCGGCCCUUUUCAGGGCCACCAUUUACUUGAAGCAAAAGAUAUCUCAACCACUUAAACCAUAUUCUUGCCGACUUUAUACUAGAUAGAAUAACAAAAUCCUUGAAUUUUGAAUUCAUUAUUAUUCUAUUUUAUCUUAUUUGAUAUAGCAGGAAGCAAUGCCAAUUGUUCAUGCGUCUUAAAAGAUAUUUUUCUGUGAUACGUAAACGGUGUGUUUAACCAAAUAACUAAAAUAACAAUAAUCCAGAUGCAGUUU